AUGGACCUCGAAACAGUAGCCAAACUUCUCAAGUCUGACAUAGAAGAUGGUGUCUCAGAGAGCCAAGUCGAAGAACGCAGGCAGCAGUAUGGCUACAAUGAAAUGGAAGGAGAAGGUGGCGUCAGUCCAAUCAAACUAUUGAUAAAACAAUUCUUUAAUGUCAUGAUCCUUAUUCUCGCCAUUGCUAUGGCUGUCUCAUUCGCCUUUAAAGAUUGGAUUGAGGGUGGCGUCAUUGCUGCAAUUGCUAUCAUCAAUGCUGUCGUUGGCUUUCUCCAAGAAUACAAGGCCGAAAAAACAAUGGACUCUCUUCGUCAGAUGGCAUCCCCGACCAGCCGUGUUAUUCGUGAUGGCCAGGGCAAGACAAUCCCCACACGUGAACUCAUUCCAGGUGAUAUAAUUGUCCUCAACAGUGGAGAUGUAGUUGGUGCUGAUGCGCGUGUCGUGGAGGCCUUCAAUAUGGACAUCGAUGAAGCCCUUUUGACAGGUGAAUCUGUUCCGGUCAAUAAAGUCAAUGAUAUUAUUGAAGGUGCAGAGAUCUCUCUAGGUGAUCGUAUAAACAUGACUUAUUCUAGUACAAUCAUUACCAAAGGCCGUGGUAAAUCUAUUGUUACUGCGAUUGGUAUGCAGACCGAGAUCGGCAAGAUCGCCAAGCGUCUGUUGGACAGCAACGACAACUCAAAGACUCCUCUUCAAAAAUCCCUGGACCGCAUGGCUCUA